AAAUAUAGAGAGGGCGACUGUCGUCUGACUUUACACGUGGUCCGCACAUCUUUUCUGUCUGUCACUAAAUUUAUACGUGUACUUGACGCUCGGGAAUUUAAAAAAUGGUUAAAAGAAAGAGAACUACGAUUUCUCUCGAAGCUGAGAAGCCAAAACAAGAAGAAAACAUUUUACCAUUGGUACGAACUUCGGACGAGCCCUUGACGAAAAAGGCUAAAUGGAUAAAUAAGCAACGAGUCCUUGUCUUUGCUGCACGUGGAAUAACACAGAGAGAUCGACAUUUAAUGGUGGAUCUACGGGAUAUGAUGCCACACUCGAAAACAGAAAGCAAAUUUGAAAGGAAGGAUCCCUUAUUUGUGAUCAAUGAAAUCUGUGAAAUGAAGAAUUGCAAUAAGUGCAUAUUUUUUGAAGGAAGAAAGAAACAGGAUUUAUUUCUAUGGCUUGCGAAUGUUCCCAAAGGCCCAAGUGCUAAAUUUUACAUAGAAAAUGUGCACACAAUGAAAGAACUCAAGAUGACAGGAAAUUGCCUAAAGGGCACAAGACCAUUGUUGUCAUUUGAUUCCAGUUUUGACACACAACCAUACUGGUCUUUAUUAAAAGAGCUAAUGACACAGAUCUUUUCUACCCCUAAAAAUCAUCCUAAAAGUCAACCUUUCUUUGACCAUGUGUUUACCUUCACUAUUAUUGAAAACCGCAUUUGGUUCCGCAACUUUCAAAUCCUUGAAGAGGAUGGACAGCUUGCAGAAAUAGGUCCGCGAUUUGUUUUGAACCCCAUAAAAGUUUUUGAUGGAAGUUUUGGUGGAGAAACUAUUUGGGAAAAUCCAAAUUACGUAACGCCGAAUGCUUACCGCCGAAUGUUGAACUUACAAACAGGGUUAAAGUACCGCCAAAAAAUCGAACAGAAGUUGUCACUGGCAGCCAGACAACCUACAGGAGACUUGUGUGAUAUAGACGCGCUUGACGAAGAAGUUUUUGAGGACAAAAAUCCCACACAAAUAGCAAACGAGGUAAUGAACCAAAGAAUCGAUGAUGGGAAGAAAAAGAAGAAAGAGAAGAAAAAAAAGAACAAGAAUAUAGGAACUGGAAAAAAAGGUGGCCGAGAUAUGUUCCAGGAAAUACUCGCCGACUCGGAUGAUGAGUAGUUUUUGUGCGAAAUCUAAAAUGUAUUAGAUAAUACAAACUGUGUCAAGACC